ACCCUUUAAAAAUAUUAUAAUAUUCAUUUCACGUGGGAAGAGAUUUAAAUGAAUAUUAAUUAGCGAAUAAAUCUGGCAAAAGCCUGUGAAUGCUAUGGCCACUCCAAUAGAAAAAAGGCAAAGAAAAAACAGUAAAAAAAGGUGACAUCAUUCAUUCAUUCAUUCGUAUCGUACCUUCCGAUUUGAUUCGAGUCAACUCCAAUGGAGUCUCGUCUCCUCCGAACCCCAGAUGCCUCUCCUCGCCUAUAUAAAAACCCACCACCCCAGAACCUUCUCCGCCUUGAAGUACCUCCACUCGUUCCUCUCCUCAAUUAUGGAAAACCCCACCGCCGGCGACGAUCCACCGGCACCGCCGCCGUUCGAUCCCUCAAUACCCGCCGUUCCUAUCUCGUACCCACUCCAGACGCUCGAGCAAUUGGAGUCCCGCGCCUACUUCAACUCGUUUCACUACCCGUUCAAUCAAUCCCCGGUGAAGCUUCCACACGCCGCCGCCGGCGGCGACGGCGGCGGCGUUGACCUGCCGCAGCGGCCGCGGAUUCUGGUCUGCCACGACAUGGCGGGAGGGUACACGGAUGAUAAAUUUGUGCAGGGAGGGACGAACGGCGAUGCGUAUGCGAUAUGGCACUGGUAUUUGAUUGAUGUUUUCGUCUACUUUUCGCAUAAUCUGGUGACUCUGCCGCCGCCGUGCUGGACUAAUACCGCCCAUAGACACGGUGUUAAGGUAUUAGGAACUUUCAUCAUGGAGUGGGAUGAAGGGAAAAAACGUGCUGAUGAAUUGCUGACCACAAAGGAGUCCGCUGAAAUGUACGCCGAGCGGCUAGCGGAGCUUGCUGUUGCUCUAGGUUUCGAUGGUUGGCUGAUCAACAUGGAAGUGAAUUUGGAUGUUGGACAAAUCCCUAAUCUGAAAGCAUUUGUUGGCCAUUUAAGCGAGACCAUGCACUCGAAACUACCUGGAUCUUUGGUUAUAUGGUACGACAGUGUUACUGUCGACGGUGAUCUUAGCUGGCAGAAUCAAUUAAAUGACAAAAACAAGACUUUCUUUGACCUUUGCGAUGGUAUAUUUGUGAACUACUCGUGGGAGGAAAAUUUUCCUAAGCUAUCAGCUGAUGUUGCUGCUGAUAGAAAAUUUGACGUUUACAUGGGCAUUGAUGUGUUCGGAAGGGGCACUUAUGGCGAUGGAGAAUGGACAACAAAUGUUGCCCUUGAUGUGAUAAAGAAAAACGAUGUUUCAGCAGCCAUAUUUGCACCUGGAUGGGUCUAUGAAACUAAACAACCACCCGACUUCCAAACUGCUCAAAAUCGAUGGUGGGGACUUGUCGAAAAAUCAUGGGGAAUUGUACAGAACUAUCCCAAAGCACUUCCGUUCUACUCAGAUUUCGAUCAGGGUCACGGUUUCCACAUAUACAGCAAUGGAAAUCAAGUCUCUCAAACUUCUUGGAACAACCUUUCAUCCCAAAGCUUUCAGCCUUGUAUAGAAUACUCCGGAGACUCUACCACUCAGCCAAUCCAAGUUUCCAUCGAUUUGAAGGGAGCAUCUUUCAAUGGAGGAGGAAACAUCACAUUUACAGGAAAUCUCGAUAACGGUGCUGAAUUUACAGCAAGGCUCUUUCGAGGGGAGCUUCUUUUGAGUAACUCAUCAAUUCACUUUAAAUAUUCCGUUAAAUCAAGUGGGAACUCUCUGUUAGGUCUUGCGCUCGAGUUCUCUUCGCCCACAAAAGAAACAAAGGCAGUUUUUCUCGCUGCCUCUGGAAAUAACUUGCUAACAAUGAACCAGUUCUCGAGAUACUACACCAAUGUGAUAAUGCCACGUGGCGUAACAAAAGAGGGUGAAGAAUCUGGGUGGGUCCUACAAGAAAGCAGCAUCGAAAUGUCUGGACACACGUUGAAAGAAAUUCGAGCUGUGUGCUACAAAUUGAAGCUGGAGAAAUCUCCCGCAGUUGCGGCUGAUAAAACCCCUUUUCGUGGUCCCUCAGAGUACAAUGCAGUGCUUGGAGAUAUUAAGAUUUUUAGUGGCGGGGAUAAUUCGAAUUUCCCGCCAUCUGAUUCAUGGCUCGUUGGGGGUGAAUUCGUCAGUUGGAGUUUGGAUUCGAAAGGGUCGAAAAAACUGAGUGUCAAAAUUGUUUGGCAACUCAAGAUUGGGGAUGGUGAUAUUUUUCCGAAGUACAAUGUGUACGUGGACAAGGUUACUAGUUCGUCGUCCGAAAAUCAAGAUAGCGAGUUUAUUGGUGAGGCGGUAGUAAAAACGUUCUACGUUUCUGACCUGGAAGUUCCUUCCGGAACUUCCGGUCUGAAAUUUCAGAUACAAGUGUGUGGUCCUGAUGGGGAUCGCCAGAAGCUCGAAGAAUCGCCUUUCUUUCUAGUGAAAGUUGAGGGUUCGUAAUUAUUAUUAUUACAUCUUAUUAAUUAUUCUGUCAAAUUCAUUGUUAUAUUUGUAUUUAUUUUUUAAAUGUUGUGAGAAUUUGUACUAUGACAGUGUGUUCUUAGUUAAACAAAAGCCAUUGAUGAGAAGCAAUUGAGUACUUAUUAGUUAUUACA